AUGUGUCGAAUUCUUAAGAAGCUCAGACACUUUAACAUCUCAGUUGUCAUUUGUGUACAGACAGCAAAGAGUUUAAGUAAGGAUGUAAAGAGAAUACUUACUGACAUUGUACUUUUCCCCGGAUUGUCCGAAGACGAUUUCAUGGAACUUAUGAAAGAGUCCAUGGCAGGUAAGUUUGACAGACAUGAACUAUGGGAGAAGUACAAAGUCAUACAAGACCCUCAUACUUCUUUCAGAAUUCAUAUCUACGCAAACAAAGUUCAAAUUGUAAAAAGUCAAGCUUGA